UGGGUGAUCCAGAAAACUUGCAUAAUAAACAAACAGCCGAAAUUGAAUUCGUGGGGUAGUUGGGUUGAGCUUUAUCCCGUCAAAGCAUUUAAUUGAUUUAACAAACGUCGUACUUGGUUUGUUACUGCACGAAGAAUAGAGAAUAGUUUCAUUCGAACCCUUGGAACCACUUGAAAUCAUCUACUCACGUCUACCGUCUAAGAUCACUACACUUAAGAGUCAACGAGCUCCAAAAUUCGGAAACAAAAUUGUAUCAAACCAGUUAGAUUAUUAUGAUAAAGGAAGUUUCAAACGCUGAUAUUAUUCACCCAAAAUAUCACAUUGGUCCCCACGACGUUGUCACUGUUAUAACAAAUCCUCGUGGCCCUGCUAGUAUGAGGAAAUAUCACCGAGCUGCACUGAUUAUUGUAGCAUUAGUGAGCGUUGUGUCGUUGCUGUUCUACAGACACGAAUAUAAUAAGCUCCGUUACGUCCUCGAGGUUUUGAACUUCUUUGGUAAGCCUGGAAUAAAAGACAUUAACUCAAACUAUCAUGGAGUUGAGAAUUUUGGUUCAGGAAAACUAGAUCUUCGACUUGGCUCACCUCUACCUUCUUGGCAGAGAUUAAAAGAUGAUUUGUUUGCCUACUCAGCUCAUCAUGUAAGAGAUACUGAAAUUAGAGUUAUUGCCUUUGGUAGAACCAACCAUGAUCUGAAAUUGAACUGUGAGGUGUUCUUUGAAAACCGACAACCUAUUAAAGGCAAUUAUAGAUAUUUAAAAAUUGGAAAAUCAUCAAAGCUCAUCGACAGUGAGAAUUUUGUAUACAUAGGCUAUCAACUUUUUUGUGAAUAUUCAGAUAAUCAUACACCUGAAGGUGUGUCUUUCUUCAGUGCAGAACAGAACACACAUAACGGUAGCUCAAUCAUGAAUGUGAAAAUUUCACCUAAAAGCCUAGCUACCAACGAAUUAGUUGUAUGUGUUGCACCACCUUUGAACAAAGCACUUUCUCGUGUAGACAUGAUUAGUUUUUUGAACUUCCACCACAUGAUCGGCAUAAAUCAUUUUGUAGUUUAUGAUAAUGGCAUUCCAAGUACGUUCACAGAAGCUGUAGAAGAUAUCGUUAUCAGCCGAAGGCUGAAUUUGACUUUUACUAUUAUACCAUGGAAUUUUCCAUUUAGCGGAUUCAACCAAGAAUUUGUAAAAGAAAUUGCAGAGAUUGACUGUCUUUAUCGUACAUACAACAAAGGAGAAUAUAGUGUAACUUUGUACUGGGAGGAAUAUAUAAUUUUGAAACUUCAUCACACGUUAUCAGAGCUAUUGACAGACUUUGAGAAAAGUGAGCCCUCCGAACGGUACCAAGUAGAAACGUCAGUAUUCUGCACACAACAAAAUAAUGACAUGACGAUUAUAGAGACAGCACCAAUUGCUAUUCGAAACACACGUAAGGCAGCUUUGAGUAGCGAUGCAAGCCGGCAAAUCUAUAUUAAUAAGCCACAUAAAUGUUUAAAUCUAAACAGUGUCAAGUCUAGGAAAGCUAGCACAGACUUAGUUACUAUUAAUCUGUAUCGAUACUGUUCAGAGCUUGAAAAUAAACUAGGCAAUACACACGACAAUUCAAUUUCAAGAUUUGCUCAGGAAAUGAUCCAUGCACCAAUUUACUUGCAAUUUAUUAACAGACAAACUCUGUUGAACGAAUGAUCCCUAUAUUCGGAGUUUUCUAGUAUUGUACAUAUUCAAGGUAAAAAAGGGUCUCUUGUGAUUUACAAUUUCUUACCAGGACCAUGAUUUGUUAAAUGCCCGAAGUAUGCAAUGAAUUCAUGUAAAUAUAAGUAUACGCAGCCUUCAUUUCUAAGUUCUUAAACUGACACUGAUAUUUCGUCUUGUUUACAUAAGUUAACUCACUUUGCAAUCACAAAAACUACUGUGAUAAACAUAUUCGUAUUUUGAUGAACAGUGAAUUUUUAUACCUUUGUGAAUUUUUCAACCAGUAUUGCUAAUAUCAUAGUUCACUAUUAGUUGAGAUUAUUUCAACUUGUAUGUUCUGCGCUAGCCUAUCUAAUGUAAUUUUUUUGUAUUUAAACUUGAGCAUCCUGGUUAAUGAUAACUGUACUGUUUCAAAAAAACUUUUUCUAACAAUAAGUAUAACGAUUAUUUUAUAUUCAUAAUUUCUCCCGUUGUACUGGUGACUAUUUUAUCAUUAAAUGGAUCUACUUGUA